AACGUACGUCGCCUUGUCGGGGACAUCCGGACACUUAUAGGCUCGGGCCACAACAACACGGGAAGGUCAGCCAUGUAAACAAACCAGCCGCUAAAACACUGAAGAAGAGGAAGCCGUGUUGAAUCAGUCACCCACUGGACCACCGUGGACGCCUUCCCCCGCCCCCCCGUGGCCCCGGUGGAGAAACCAAGCCACCACCAUGGCAGACCCUGACAGAAACCCAUUGAGAAAGCAAUUGUCCAAGACGUCUUUAGAGAAGAGUCUGCAGAUGAUCCCUCCCCCUCAGCAAGCACCCAUCACUAUUUACCCCGGUCCCUCAGCUGGCAUGGCUAACCUCUCUAAAGCUGACUUAGAAAUCGCUCAGCGUUUGGAAAACCUUCGCAAGCACCAGGCAGAUGAAUUGCCAACCGAGGAGGAGAUGGCCUCGAGACUGGCAAACCUCAAGGGUCUUCCACCUGACCACUACACCAAGCCUUCCAUGCAACACCAGCGACCGGAUACCAGGACUGAUGGGCAGAAGGCUAAUGAUCUCAUCACUCAGGCAAUGGAUGAAGUAUCCUUGGAUGCAAGAGCUCCUAGUGCCACUGAUGAGCUGGAGGCCCGACUGGCACGACUCCGAGGGGAAGAAUCGCAGCCCAGCCAGGCCAGAGGUGCUGUUGCCUUGCCACCUGCUGCCUAUGCCAUGUCACCUCUUGCUGGGGCUGAUGCCUCAUUAGGGGAAGACCUGGAUGACAUGAGCAUGGAUGAAGUAGAAGCUCUCAUGAAAGCAGCUGAAAAAGAAACCCAGGCAAGUGCAGCGAUGGCCUUAGGAGAGAUGCAAGCUGACCCUGAACUGGCAGGAGCAGUGGCCCAGGCAACGAGAAGGAAAGAAAAGGCUCGCCAAAAAAAGUCCAAGGGGUCCAAGGGAAAGAAGGGUGACUCCUCUGAUGAUGAACGGCACAGCAAAAGUUACGAUAGUGAUAUAGACAUUGAAAUAGAGGGAGGGAAAGCUAUUGAUGCAGUGACAGAACAAGAGGAAGUGCAGCGAAUCAUAGACAUGUACACCAAGCGGGCACAGCUGAAGAAAGAAAAGAAGAGGAAAAAGAAGGAAGCUGCUGCAGCUGCCCAAGGCGGUGCUGUUGGUGGAGAAGAUUCUGAUUCUGACAUCGAGGUUAGUUCAGACUCAGACUUGUCAUCGGACAGUGAAAAGUUUAGUGAUGAACUUAGUGAAUGAAGGAACUUGUCUGCUUCUAAGUAGGUUAAGUGUUGAGAGGUUUAAGCUUCUAACUGGAUAUUUUGCUCCGAGGAGUUUGAUUGAUCUUGCCUAAGGAGUCAUACUGCAGAGCUAAGUGUUGGACUGUUUUAACAGUUACACAUGAAAAUAAAUAAAUAUAUAGAGGAUACUUUACAGUAAGCUUGUCCACUCAUUUAAAAAUAGCUAUAUAUUUUUAUGUACCAUUGUGCAUUGUAUUUUUGUGACUUGGUACUAAGUAGUGAAAAUAGCUAUUUGAUCCUUAACAGUUAUCAUAUAUUUUAUUGUCGGCAUGCUACUUAAUAUUCUCUGGCACUGCAAAGUAUUGUUCAGCUAUAAUGUACUAGGCUUUUCUAAUGUUAAAAACAUAUAUAAAAAACAAAGUAAUGGUAACCCAAUUAGCAAUACUAUCAUCACACAUAACCAAGUCUUGUUUUCUUCAAGGUCAAAGGGCCUUUUGGAUGAUACAUGCAUGUGUAUUCUCUCAAUCAAGUGUUGGAUGUUUCAUGGGGACAAAUUCUGUAUUAAAGUGUCAGAUUUAAUUAUGAAAUAUGAUUUUGAUUUAGUUAGUAUGUGAUAUAUGAUUGAAUAGUGAUAUUGAUUAACUAGAAUAAAUGAAAAUAUAACAUUGGGUAAAAGGUUGAAGGACAGUUUAUGUAAAAAAUAUUAAGUGCAGUUUUUCACUGCCUUUGCUAUGAUUCUCCUGAAUGAAUGAAUGAAUGAAUGAAUGAGAUAUAGUAACAAAAAAAUGAAUAUAUAAUGGUGCUCUGCAGCUCUGGCAAGGACCUUUUUGAUGGUUAGGCCAUAGUGAGCCUUCAGCCACAGGUUCUAUUCUGAGCUUGAGUCAAGAGUGAUAAUUCUUCACACUUUUGGUGUUCAGCAUGUGCUUGACUUAAUGCCACUGUGUUACCAACACAAGAACUCUGUACUUUGUUGUAAGAAAGUGAAGAUCAUUCUGCCUCUGCUUCUGCCAGAAAGACAAACGUUUUGUUGCACUCCCGAGCUCCAGAGACUGUUUGCCUUGGCUUGAAAAGGCCGCGUUGUCACUAUGCCUAAGUAAAUGUAAUAUUGCCCAUGAUCUUUCUCUUUCAUCAUUGAACCUCUUAAGCAUCCAGCUUUAAACCCUCUGGGAUUACUUAAGGCUUUAUCCAAGUAAAUUUACAGGGAUGGGAUAACCAAGCCAAAGGCCUCAAAGCUCUAGUUCUUCAUUGCUUCAAUCCUUUGUGACACUCCUCAGAGGACCAGAAUGUGAAGGCAACAAAGAGGAGGAGCUCUGUCCUCGUUAUCCAUCCCACCAAAACUUGUCCACAUGUCAUCAUGAAAGUUACAUUAGUUUAUAUAAAGUUCUAAAUGCAUCCUCAUGACACUCAUCACCACUCCCACCUCAUCACAGUCAUCUGCAUUACUGCCACACCAUGUGCCUACCAUUAAGUUGCCUGGUUCUUCCAUCCGUCGGUUCACCUUUUGCGUGGGUAAUAAUGAGUGUUAGGUUUUCUCUUAGAUUUUAUUGAUGGUAAGAUAUCACAGCAGGCAAUAAUGUUGUGCAACUUUGUGGUCCAACUUGAGUUAGUAGCCAUCAAGUCUAGGCAUUCCAUCCCAAUGCUUCAGUCCUCAGCACCCUAUCAUGUGUGUCUGUGUCUUUCUUAUUUUAAGGUUAAUUUGUUUGUUAUUUUUUAAUUCCAUGAUUACCUUAAUGUGUAAUGAGCUUAUUAAGUGAACCUGUUGUCAGCCUGUGCUUUAUGCUGCACUCCUCUUGACAAAGGAUCAAUUAGAACGUUGGAGUACAGUGGACAACAAGGAAAUGGCCAAGGAGACUAUUCAGUGUCCUUGAGAAUGACCCACCCAGUGUGACUGCUAUGGUCUUUCAUGCCACUGCUCAACAUCUUGCCAGUGUGUUCUUACCUUACAUUUUUAGUUGUUAACUUACCAAUGUUGCAUAAGGUUUCCUGUUUAGCCUUGCUCAUUCUUUGAAUAGCAUAAAUAAUCUUGUUUCUCUGUUAUGCAAAAUGUUCAGUAAAUUACUGUCAACUGGAGGUAUCCAGUAAGUUUAAGCUUUACAGAAAGGAAUAUAUAUUGGUAGGAGAAAUAUGAGUAAAGCAUCAGUGUUACAUUUAAGAUGUUCAUUUGUGACUUGAAAUAAUUCAUAAAAUAACCUGCAUUCUCCCUGCCUUGCAUAAUCUCACAUCCUCUUCAUUGAUUAAAGAAGGUGGUACCAAUGAGGGCAUGUGGCCACAAAAAAAAAUAAACCUGUACAAAUGGUUCAGCAACCAUUUUUCUUCUAUCAUUAAACAGUGAUUCCUUC